ACCAAUGAUACGCAGGAUUAAUCCAACGUGGUGAGCUCCUAUCUCAGCUAGAAGUAGACGCGUGAGAGCCGACGGGGAAGCAACAGCUCAGACUGAGAGGACUGGCUGUAAUUCGAUAAUGGAGGGAGACAACAAUGAAACCAGAGGUAAAGUGGGGGAUCAGGUUAUGCAGAACCCCCAGGCUUUGGCAGCGCUUCAAGACCGACUCGACAACGUGUUGCACACACCUUCCACCAUCGAGAGCUUGCCCAAGUCAGUGAAGAGGAGAGUGAACGCCUUAAAGCAGCUGCAGGUCCGGUGCGCACACAUAGAAGCCCAGUUCUACGAGGAGGUGCAUGAGCUGGAGAGGAAGUACGCCGCCCUCUACCUGCCACUGUUCGAUAAGAGAAAGGAUGUGGUGACGGGUGCGGUGGAGCCCACAGAUGAGGAGUGCGAGUGGCCCAGUGACAGAGAGGAGGGGGAGGAGCUUGCAGAAGAGAUGAAGAAAAAAGCCACAAUAGAGGAGAAGAAAGAGGAGCCAGUGGCAGAAGAGGACCCCAAGGGAAUCCCGGAGUUCUGGCUAACAAUCUUCAAGAGUGUAGACAUGCUUAGUGACCUGCUGCAGGAGCACGAUGAGCCAAUCCUGAAGUACUUGCAAGACAUCAAAGUGAAGUUUUCAGAGCCAGACCAGCCCAUGAGUUUUACAUUAGAGUUCCACUUUGAACCCAACCAAUUCUUCAAAAACACCGUCCUGACGAAGGUGUACAAGAUGAAGUCGGAGCCUGACCCGGCCGACCCCUUCUCCUUCGAGGGCCCGGAGAUCGUGGACUGUGAAGGCUGUGAAAUCGACUGGCACAAAGGGAAGGAUGUGACGGUGAAGACCAUCAAGAAGAAGCAGAAACACAAGGGCCGCGGCACAGUGAGGACCAUCACCAAGCAAGUGCCCAACGACUCUUUCUUCAACUUCUUCAACCCCAUCAAAGUUUCAUCUGAUGGCGAGAUGGACGAGGAUUCGGAGUUCACAUUAGCCACAGACUUUGAGAUUGGCCACUUUUUCCGUGAGCGGAUCGUCCCCAGAGCUGUGCUGUACUUCACCGGGGAGGCGCUGGAGGACGACGAGAGCUUUGAAGAAGAAGAACUGGAGGAAGGGGAGGAAGAGGACCAUGAAGAGGAUGGCGAUGAAGAGGAGGGAGAUUAUGACCCCAAGGCAUAAAUCAUUCCCACCCCAUGCAUUUAUAGAAAGAACCCCAGCCAGCAGAGUGCAAACAGCAGUAACGUGGGGACGCUCUCCACCACCACAACUCUGAGACCCUGAAGCCAACCAGACCAGCCUGCUGAGAGAGCCACCGCUCCUCUCGCCAAACACCACUAAAGUUUUAACUGCAUGACCUCCACUCCCUCUGUUAUUAUACUCCCUCUGUACAGCAGAGUAAAAACCCGUACCCCCCAAAUAAAAAUAUAUGACGGUCGUUUACGACGCUGUAAAUAUACAACUAUAAACAGAUUUAUCGUAAUUGUGACGCAGAAACAGGAUGUGAUGUGCGCCCACUCGGGCCACUGCGUUCAGAGUAAACUGCCGUGAACAGCCGCCUCUUCCGGGAAUCGGUCUGCCACCACCACAUUCCAGAGGCCGACGCGAAUCCAACCGAGCGAGUCCAGCGUUCGACUUGACAUCAGGUUACUCAGGGUUUUUUAUGCCUAGAAAACAAUGUGUGGAAGUCCAGCACGGAACUGUUGUGAAGAACUUUGGGGUUGCCUUGCGUUUUUAUUUUUAUUUUAUUUUUUUAAAUCCGUUAAAUGGAAAGAAAGUUAAGCUUUUUCAGACUUUUCUCUUACUCAGAAGUUAUUUAUAGUAGUUUUGUUCUAUUUUAUUUUAUUUUUUAAUCUGGUUUGAACUAUAUAUUGGACUGUGCUCUGUGUUCCGGAGAUGAGUAGCAGUCUCUGCUGUAAGAUCUAUACUGUGUGGGGGGGGGACCCAGCGACUCGAGGGUUAUAUCGGCCCCCCAGCUGCUGUACUGCCCAAGCGCUUGCUAGCGAAUUCAAAGUUUAUUGCCAAAUUUCUUUUUGCUAUUGAAAGUGAUACACUCCCAGUGCUCCGUGUGGUGCUUUACUUUUACACGCGGGAGGAGAGUCGUCCUGUGUGAAACAAAGUAGAAACGGAACGUUACGCUGAAAAAUUGAAAGCGAAACCGAAAUUAACAGAAAAUGCCUAGAGUGAGAUCUCAGGUGUGGGGAGCAGAGGUGUGAACCCAGACUAAACCAGAGGCGCUAGUCUCCGUUUAACCUCCAACGACUUCUCAUGAGGGCGGGAAGGGAAGGGUGAAAGGGGUCAGUUUCUGUUUCAUUACGUUUUAAAUUUUUUGAUUUCUCUAGCUGCACACUGAGACGGGAAUGUGUGUUGAAGUUCUGAGUUAGCGCCUUGCUGCCGCACUGCAGCGCACCGCGCGGUUCUGUUCCUUUAAGACGCGCGCCGACGCCUUUCAAAGUUCAUCCGUUAACCUGUCAGUCACAACGGCGUACUGAGGGGAGCCUUGGAUGUCACAUUAAUGCACAGCUCGUUUGCUCUCUUCAUCCUACGGGGCACAUACCAAAAAUAAACACAUGCAGUCGUAAGGCUCACUUGGCCUUAUUUUGAUGCGGUUUAUUGGUGAAAGUCAAUAAGACGACGACAAGGCGGAGCAUCACGACCCCUGUUUAGCCCUAUUUAGACUGUUCCAGCUGCAGCUUUGCCCGGGUUUCCUCAGUUUGUUACUCAAUAUGGUGUUUUUAACUUGUACAGAUUAGGAUGUUCUAUUAAAAGAUGUGCAACAUGAAAA